UCAUAUGACUAAUCACGUGAUUUCGGUAAAACGCAAGGCUCGUGUUUAUAAAGGAAAUUCGAGCACAAGCACUUCACCUGUCUUCUGAAGAAUAGUUCAUCCAGAAUGCGGUGCUUGUCUUUGCUGUACCUUGUGUCAGCACUGGCCGUGUGCUGGGCUUAUCCACAUCUACGCGUGCGCUCUCGUGAGAUGGUCAACUUCAUCAACAAGGCAAACACCACAUGGACGGCUGGGCAUAACUUUGACAAUGUGGAUUACAGCUAUGUGAAGCAGUUGUGUGGAACAAUGCUGAAGGGACCGAAACUCCCAAUCAUGAUCCAGUAUGCUGGAGACCUUGAACUUCCAAAGAAUUUUGAUCCCAGAGAGCAGUGGCCUAACUGUCCAACUCUAAAAGAAAUCCGAGACCAGGGCUCAUGCGGGUCAUGCUGGGCUUUUGGAGCGGCUGAAGCAAUUUCAGAUAGGAUCUGUAUCCAUAGUAACGGCAAAGUGAGCGUCGAGAUUUCGGCUCAGGACCUGCUGACCUGUUGCUCUGACUGUGGGAUGGGAUGUAAUGGUGGGUAUCCUUCUGCUGCUUGGGAGUUCUGGACUGCAGAAGGUCUAGUGACAGGUGGACUCUAUAACUCUCAUAUAGGCUGUCGACCAUAUACCAUUGAGCCAUGCGAGCACCACAUAAAUGGCAGUCGCCCUCCUUGCACAGGGGAGGGUGGAGACACUCCAAGCUGUGAGGAAAAAUGUGAACCCGGAUACAGUCUGUCUUACACGCAGGACAAGCACUUCGGAAAACAAUCCUAUAAUGUUCCCUCUGAUGAGAAGCAGAUAAUGCAGGAGCUUUACAAGAAUGGCCCAGUAGAGGGAGCCUUCAUCGUAUAUGAGGACUUCCUUCUCUACAAGUCUGGUGUUUAUAAGCAUGUGACUGGUGAGCAAUUAGGUGGUCAUGCUAUCAAGAUCCUGGGCUGGGGAGAGGAAAAUGGAACCCCCUACUGGCUGGCUGCUAACUCAUGGAACACUGAUUGGGGUGAUAAUGGUUAUUUCAAGAUCCUGAGAGGUGUGGAUCACUGUGGUAUCGAGUCUGAGAUUGUGGCUGGUAUCCCCAAGUAACUCGUAUGCAGCUGGAAAAGUAUAUUAAAAAGACAUGAAUUUACACCAUUCCAACAUGGUGUUAUCAAACUGAUUUUUAGUGUUUUUUAAUUGGUGCUUUUAGCUGUUCAAGAUUCUUUUAAUUUGGAUUUUUUUCAAUCUGCAGAUUAUUUAUCCUGUGAUGAAUAAAUGGGCAUUGCUAUUAUAGUGUAUUUUGUUUUUAAGAAGUGAUUCUACAAAAUUUUCAAAAAAUCAUCUUGGUUUUUAAACACAUCAGUUUGUCUGUGAAUUAAUGCAACUGUCAAUCUUGGACAAAUCUAAUCUGCAUAAUCAUGAACAGAUUAAAGUGAACUUUUACGGUAAA